AUUAGAACCAAUAUCAUCACUUCUGACACCGUGAGAGCCAAAACCUAACCAAAUUUAACGACGUCGUUGUGAAGCUUCCCGAUUGCGAACACCAUUCCUAUAUUGUUGAAGGCCGCGGGCGUGACUGCGGGAGGCAGAAGUGAGUUGAGAGAGAAAGAGCGAGCAAAUCGAAAUGGCGAUAUCGGGAGAUCUAAGGGUCUCUGCAACACUGGCCUCUUACCACAAACACCCUUUUAGAAGCUCUUUGCCUUCUUCAAAUUCAAAGGUAGAGUUCAUUGGUUUCCCUGGUGGAGGAUCAAGUGCUUCUCCAAACACGCACAAAUGGCCUGGCAUCAGCAUUGAUAGAUGGAAACUGCAUAAUCAGUCUAGACGAUUUUCUGGGAUUACUGGAGAUUAUCAAUUGUCUUCAACUUCAAUUAGUGAAGAAGCCGAAAACUUCCUACUAAAUGCCAUAAACAUGAGCUUCUUUGAGCGUUUAAACCUGGCAUGGAAGAUAGUAUUUCCAUCACCAGCACGAAGAAAGAGCUCAAAUGCAAGGAUUGCCAAACAGCGGUUGAAGAUGAUUCUUUUCUCUGAUAGAUGCGCAGUUAGUGAUGAGGCAAAACGAAAGAUUGUAAGCAACAUUGUGCAUGCUCUAUCUGAAUUUGUGGAGAUAGAAUCACAGGAUAAAGUCCAGCUAAGUGUCACCACUGAUAAUGAUCUUGGGACUGUCUACUCUGUCACAGUGCCUGUACGACGGGUGAGGGCAGAGUAUCAGGAUGCAGAAGAGAUCGGGUCGAUUACAAACAUUGAAUACAAAGAUACUGGAGAAACUUCUGGUUCUGUUGAUGUCCGGUUUGAUUUCUUCAUCCCAGAUGAAAGAACUCGGUGAUUGCCCAAGGCUGAAAGUAAAAUAAAGUGUUGGCCAGUAUCAAAAUAGUUUCUCUUUUCCAUGUUUGGAAUUUUAGCUAGGGAGAUAAGCUUACGCAUUUGUAUAUAUAUGAAUUUGCUGUUAUGCAAUUGAAGAUUUUCCUUUGAAUUUACAGUUGGUUUAGUGGUUCAGGUUAAUAACAUUAAAGCAUGUCUGUGCCUUUA